AUGUCUCGAAGAUACGCCAGCCUGCGUAGUCCGGCGUACCAAGUAGAGAAACUUUCAGCUGCAGACUUAGUGCCUACCACCACUAAAUUCAGCGAGGAACGGGCGAUUCUGCAACUACGACACAAUGAGCUUGGCGAGACCCUAGCAGGAUGCUUAGCACUCUUUGUUCCAGGUUCGCGAAUCAAAGUACGGGCUCCUCUGGAAAAGCUCUCAACGCAACAGUUGCUUGAGCUUUCAGGAGAUGUUUACGAUGAAGUUGUCCGAAGGAAAUAUAAUCUAGUCCACGCACUAAACUUGCGAGAAGGUUUCCAUCCCAAGCGGAAUCAAACUCGGCAGAGGCUGGCCUUACUAUCCUCGUCGAAAUUCCAAGAUUUAUGUGGAGACGUUCACUUCGAAAUCAGCCGACGAUAUCCGGAAUUUCAACAUGUGCCUAUAGCGAUCGGACAAUCCUCAUCUCGCCCAAGUCCUGGUUCUCAUUCUCAUUCUCCGCACCAUAACGCCCUGGAUGCUACCCCCAGCCGAGCUGGCAGCGGCGGUCCCUCGGAAGAUCAAGUUGGUAACUCCACGUCGAAUUGGUACGAUAGACGUCUUCCGACCUAUGAAUCCUCUCUGAGCACACCGAUGCCACCUACUGGGUCCGUCCCAACUCAUAAUGCACGAGGAGAACGCGACUUCGCUCUGUCUGAGCGGCGGGUCUCUCUGCAUUCCCUAAGUAGAGGAGGCGACCCCAUGAAUACAACUGUCACCCGGUCGUUACCCAUCACGCCUACAUUUUCUAGCGGAGAGAGACCCGAGCAUAAAGGCAAACGCGGGGCUCUAGUGCGCGCAUUCCUCGACGGCGACCUAGAUGCUGUCCUAUUAAUGUGGGAAGACCACGAAGGAAGAAUUCGCCACCUUGAAGACCAGUUGGCAAGAGCAGAGUCAGUUCGUAACUACUUUCAGCUGAACAAGGCGGGCUAA